AACAACUGUAAACACAAACUGUAGUUUGUUACUUCAACUACCACAUGCAUACAAUUACAAUCUACAACCCCUUCAUAAUCCUUCACCUUCUUCCAACUUUGCACUGUGUCAUAAUAAUAAUUCUGAUUAAAAUGGGGGGAAAUAAUUCAAGACUGAAUGGAAAUGGGGGAGAGGUGUUGCCUGCUAGAAUCCGCAACCGAUGGGAAGAGUUGAGAAAACGCAAGAGUGGGGAAGAUGGCACCCUCUUAAAGAAAGAGUUGCUGAAUUCUGAUGGUGUUGAUGAAGGAAACUCUCAAUCUUCCGAAGAAAAUGGAAGUGAGCACAAAAGGGAUUCUCUGAAUGAUGCUCAACAAGCCAAAGGGGUGGAAAAGCUCUCGAAAGUGGUUCCGUUGCCGGUUUCCGAACCUGGAAAUGAGGAGCAGCGUAAUGAGUUACACAAUGAAGAGAAAGGGAAAGAUGCUGAGAAGAAGGGUGAGGUUGUUGAGCUCAAAACAGGGAAGGUGCAGAGUACUGCAGGGCUGCAGCCAGAGAUUAAACAUGAGGAAUCAAAUGUAAAAAAUGAUAGCAGCGACGACGACGACGUCGAAGACGAAGACGAAGACGAAGAUGAGGAGGAUGACAUUCAAAGACUUAUAGGUCCAUCAUCACCCAGCUUCAAAAUUUAUUGCACUGAAGCCGAUAAGAUAAAGGAGGAAGAACUACAUGAUUCAAAGGCUCUAGGUGAUGAGAACCAAACCGUUGCCUUGCUCCAAAAGUCAUCCAGUACUAAUAGCAUUGAUGAAAGCUCUACAUCAGCUUCAGGGAACACAGGAAACUCCAACGAGAUUGUUGAAAUCAAAUCAGCUUCUUCGAAGAGAAAAGGAAAUAAGAAAAAGAAAUUCGGGGCAAUGAAGAAGAAUCUACUCCAAGUUAAGCAUCUAAAUAUGAACCGAAUGAACCCAAUUUUGGCUUGCACGGGCAAUGACAGAAGACGUCUUCUUUCAGAGGAUUGA